GUGUAAAUAAUAAUAUUUAGUUGAGCUUAUCUCGCAAACGCAAACUCUUAUAACUCUCAAGUUGACUUGUUUGGUUUGUUGUUGUUGAAUUGUAAAAAGGUGAUAAAAAGUGAUAAGUUCUUAUAAAUUGAAAGUGUAUACUAUAAUCAAGAAGCAAAAUGUCGUUCUUCAAGAAUGUAGCGUCAGGUUUCAACAUUCGCAGUCAUGAUACAAUAAUUAAGGAAUCAUUGAUAAAUAAUUUAUCUGAAUGCGUCAAAGAUAUACAAUACAACAAUCAAUUUGAAGAAAAUUUCCACAGCGUUUUGGGUUCCACUGAUUCAACUAACACAUUAUGCAGUGCUUUAGAAGCAGUAUUUUUACAUGGGCUGAAAGACACAUUUUUGAAGAAAGCUAAAAACGCAUUUUCUGGUGAUUCAGACCAGCGUCCACAACCUAACUUUUGGCCUCUUAUUCUUGUUCUAUCACACAGGCAGAAUAUUGACCAGAUUUCCUCAUUGCCCCAAAUCAACACAGAAAUAGGUCAGUGUAGAGCUUGGCUCAGAAUAGCCCUCAAUGAAUGCCUUUUAUCUUCUUAUAUGUCGACAUUGUUACGGAAUAUGUCUGCAGUUAAACCAUUUUAUAACAGAAACGCAUUUGUUUUUGACACAGAAAUAUUAGAAGUUGCACAAAAAUUAAUUGAAGGAUUGGAGUCAUGUGUCCAAUUUAACUUGCCUAUAAAUUCAAGCUUGUUAAAUCAAUGGCCAGAACAAGUUUUGAUGCUGGCAGGUAUUUGGGUUCCUAAGAUAAGAGUUGCUCCAAUCAGCACUGCUCUAGAUGUUGCAAGUACAAUAAGUGAUGAUGUGAAACCAAAAUUAGCAUCUACGCCAACACACACCUCUAAUAUUACAGGUUUGGGUAGGAUGUUAGCUCUAAAUGAAGAUGAAGCAUUAGAUUUCAUUUUGUCAAAAGACAUCAAAGAUAUAACAAGUACACCAUAUGAUGAAGAACAAGAAGUUGAUACAAAUUUAGAGUCGCCUCCAUUAGCAGCUGCUACUGAGCCAGAAAUUUUUCACUCAGAUAUUCCAUCUACAAGUAAAGAACAAAAACUUUUCUCACCUGUGUCAUCAUCAGUCAACUCGGAUGAUUUUAUAGCUCCAACUGAUGUUAUAGUUACUGGUAACUCACUCACUGGGAAGGGAUGGUUGAAUGAAGCUAUUGAUGAUUUGAAUACCUCCAUCCAUUCUAAUUCAUCACAUGGAAGCAGCAUGAUAAAAACUCCAGAAUUAAAAAGUUUAUCUUCUUUAGUUGAUAAUUCAAAUCCUUUUGGAGAAGCGUUUGCUUCUAAUACUCCAACAUUACGUGACAUUAUAAAAGAUAUCCAAGAUGAGUUUAAAAUCACUGAUGACACUGACAUAUGUGAAAUUCCUCAAGAAACAGUGAGUCCUGAAGAUCCCUUGCUGCAAGGUCUUGAUUUUGAAGUUGUACCAAAUUCAAUGUCAACUUCAUUUACAGUUCAAGAAUUACAGAAGAUGAUACAACAAUUAGGAGCUUUGUCUAGGGAACAAGGGCUCGAUCAUCAAAAUUAUAAGUGCAAAGCAUGCCAAGAUCUACUUGGCAGCACCAUCUCCAAGGCCAAAGUAUGUGCUUUUACUGGUGAAUAUUACUGUUCAAACUGUAUGGAUCCUAACAUCUUCAUUAUUCCUGCUCGUGUGAUACAUAAUUGGGACUUCAAAAGGUAUUCAGUUUCAAAGAAGUCUGCACUAUUUUUAUUAGAAUUUCAACAUCACCCUUGGAUAGAUAUGAAAAAACUAAAUCCUAAGAUUUAUUGUGGAGUGUCAGACAUGGCACAGUUACAAGAGUUAAGGAUACAAUUGAACUUUCUGAGAGCAUACAUUUUCACUUGCCGAGAACCUGUUAUUGAAGAGUUACAAAAGAGAGUCUGGCCGAGGGAAUAUUUGUAUGACCAUGUACAUUUAUACACAAUUGCUGACCUAGCACAGAUACCUAAUGGGUCACUAGCAUUACAAUUGGAGAAAGUAGUUAGCUUCGCCAAGGGACAUGUGCUAGAUUGCUGGCUCUGCAGCCAAAAAGGCUUUAUAUGUGAGGUGUGUCGAGACCCCAAAGUCUUGUACCCAUUUGAAACAGGGACCACAUAUAGAUGUGAUGAAUGCUCAAGUGUAUUUCACAUCAAUUGUUUAAAUGAAAGUAUGCCUUGUCCCAAAUGCAAAAGGAUAAAAAACCGUACAAAUGAGUCCUCAUUGGUUGAUGCUGUUCAUGCUCAUUUUAACAAAUAGAUAAUAUGUAUAUUCUAUCAGACUUUAUUUUAUUAUUACUAGGGUAAAUUGUUAAAAUCAGCUGUUUUAUCUGUAUUUUUCUUAAGACUAAGUUGAAUUUUAAUUAAAGUGACAUACAGUCAUUACAUAGAGAAUGAGAUGUGCACAAUUUUGUUGAAUUUAUACGUCCUCAGACCAAGCACUAAUUGCCACUAGACUAAUUCAUGAACUAUUUGUUAGUUCUAUUUAAUUUUGCUACAACUUCUGGAGAAAAGUGUUAAGUUCCAUUAUUGACUUUGUGUAUAAUAACCAUAAGUCCAUUUAUCAAUAGAAUAAAAGUUAAGUCAAGGUGUGAGUGAGUACCGACACUACCGAUAUUUUCAUGUGUUAGUUCUCCUUGAUUUAUAUUACUUAUGUCAAUCAAUAAAUGUUUGUGAUAAAAUAUUAAAUAAAAUUUAAAAUUUGAAUGCUAUUUUAGUUAUAGCAAUUUAUAUUAUGCAUAUUGUAUAUAAGAAACAGAAAAAAAAAACAGAAGUAAUUAAAGCAAGUUCUAUUGCUAAGUUUAACAGCAAAUUCUAUUAUUUUUGUGUGUUAAGUAUUGUUGCGUGCAAAAAAUAAAAUCAUUUUAACCUUCAAAAUGCAGAGAAGGCGAUGGAGAUGUUUCAUCUCCUCCAAGCCAAGCCAAGAGCCACAAUAUGGCAUCCCCAAUUAUUUUGUUCUUGUACUAACAUACUGAGCGAAACUGUUUCUGUGGAUGGACAGACUGACAGAUAAGAGGUAAGGAUUUCCUUAUAACUAUGGAAAUCAAAAAGGAUCGUGAUAAACCAAACAAAUCUUGUAUUAAAAUAUAUGAUUUAUUUUUACUUACGUGUAUUAGUAUGCGCUAAGCUUACUCCCAAUCAAUAAUCUUUAAAAUAAGUAAACAAUAUUUUGGCAAUUAGUAAAUACUAAUUUCAAAUAUAAACUUAAUUUAAAAAAUCACAUUAAGUUUGACCAAUUUUAAGUUAAUAUAAAAAUACAUGUACCCUUUUAACCAUUCUAGAGGUAUGAUAUCAGUCUUUCCUGUAUGUUCUGUGUCUGGCUUGAUUGAUCAAUAUUUGUUUUGACUGGGAAUAAAUUAUUUACAUUAUACAAAA